UACGUACCCCAGGGCCGUAGUCCCGGUUGCCAACGAAGCAACAUUAUUUCCACCGUGGACCAAUUAUUCAACCAGGAUUUGAAGUCCUCGAAAAACGCACUAAGCCUUCAAGAGAUGACCGGCAUUUUAAUAAUCAUGUUUGUCGGCGCGGUCGUUUCUUUGGUGCUAGGCCUGCUGGAGUGCCUCCUUCGGAUCAGUUUCCAGUCUGAGUACUUUGUAAAUAGUGACCCCGACGCCGCAUAUGCAUUGACAGUGAGUAGCACUUUUGGCCGCUUGUGGGGUUGCUGA